CCCUGUCGCUUCUUAUCGCCCCACCGGCUUUGAGGCAAGGGCUCCCUGACCCCCGCACAGUGUAUGUGUGUGUGCGCGCGUAUGUGCAUGUUAUGUAGAGGCUGGGACAGAGCGGCAGGCAGGCAGAGCUGAGAUUGUGCGACCAGAUCUGGAAUGGGAGAGAGAGUCACAGUAGCAGCUGCUCCCUUGCAUUAAGAGGCUCUCACUCUGACAGAGGACAAUCACAGGGACACAGAGGACUUCCACUGCGGCCACGGCCUUUUGCUCACAGAGUGAUUUGUACACAGUCAAGAGGAUACCGCCGGAUUCACUCUUGUGUUUGUGUAUGUCUUCCCCAUCCUGUCCGGAGCGAGGAUGAGGAUGAGGGAGCUCUCUCUGCGUCAGGAUCCUGACCUGAGGAAGGAGUUGGCCCUUCUGGCACGCGGCUGUGACUUUGUUCUGCCCUCUCGAUUCAAGAAGAGGCUCAGAGCCUUCCAACAAGGACAGGCCCAGGUGAGGACGGAGAAGCCCGUCCCCACAGCGCUGAGUGAAAGCAUUCCAAAGUUUUACUUCCCAAAGGGACGGCCGCAAGCCAACAUCAACAUCGACACCCUCAUUACCAAAAUUGAGAAAACAUUUUCCCAAUUCCCAAAUGAAAGGGCCACCAUUGAGGACAUGGGGCAGGUCGCCAAGGCCUGUGAGUGUCCUUUCUACUGGAAAAUGCCAUUGUUCUGCUUGGCUGGAGGCGACAGGACCGGCUUCGUGUCCGUUCACAAGUUCGUGGCUAUGUGGAGAAAGACUCUGCAGACCUGUCACGACGACGCUACUAAAUUUGUGCACCUCUUGGCCAAGCCUUGCUGUAAUUACCUGGAACAAGACGACUUUAUUCCAUUCCUGCAGGAUGUGGUGAACACACACGCAGGCCUGGCCUUUCUGAAGGAGGCACCGGACUUUCACUCACGAUACAUCACAACGGUGAUUCAGAGGAUAUUCUACAAUGUGAAUCGUUCAUGGACCGGAAAAAUAACAUGCUGUGAGCUCAGGAAAAGUAACUUACUUCAGAAUCUGGCGCUGCUGGAGCAGGAGGACGACGUGAACCAGCUGACAGACUUCUUCUCUUAUGAACAUUUCUACGUUAUCUACUGCAAGUUCUGGGAGUUGGACACCGACCACGACCUCUACAUAGACCAGAAAGACCUGGCCCAGCACAAUGACCAAGCCCUUUCCCAGAAGAUGAUUGAGAGGAUAUUCUCAGGGACAGUCACAAGAGACAGAAAGGUGUACAAGGAGGGGCGGCUGAGUUACGCUGAUUUUGUCUGGUUCCUUAUCUCUGAGGAGGACAAGAAGACCGACACCAGUAUAGAGUACUGGUUCCGCUGUAUGGACCUGGACGGCGACGGGGUGCUCAGCAUGUACGAGCUGGAGUACUUCUACGAGGAUCAGUGCCAGAAGCUGGAGACCAUGGCCAUCGAGCCCCUCCCCUUCGAGGACUGCCUCUGCCAAAUGCUGGACCUCGUCAAGCCGGAAGUGGAAGGUAAGAUCACUCUGCGGGACCUGAAGAGGUGCAAGUUGUCCCACAUCUUCUUCGACACGUUCUUCAACAUCGAGAAGUACCUGGACCACGAGCAGAAGGACCCGUUCUCCGUGAUCAGGGAGAUGGAGACAGAGAGCCAGGAGUUCUCCGACUGGGAGAAGUACGCUGCGGAGGAGUACGACAUCCUGGUGGCCGAAGAGGCCGCCAACGAUCAGUGCAACGACGCGUAUGAAAAUCCUCUGAGCCCUUUAGGGCAGCACAUCUCCACUGAGCUGGGUCUGACAAAGAGACACUUCUUUCAGAUCCCCAGUCCACACUGCAACCUGGACGAAUAUGAAUAUGAAGAUGACUUUGAGUGAUCCUGUAGCGUUUCCUCACCUGCUGAGUGCCGUGCGCUCCAGGAAACAGCCCAACCUGCAGUGGAUGAAUCUCUAUCAAGACAGAUUCACAGGUUCAGGACAAACUUCAAUAAACAGGAAGUGAACAGAGCACUGGUGGGGUCAGAUGUGCUGGAAAAAUGGACGCAGUAUCACACAUUUGGACAGGAAAUAUGAUCAGAGCAGAUGGUGGUUGCUCAAAUUACCGAAUGUUUUAAAUAUGUUCACCAGCCUCGCUUACAGAAGUCAUCACAGCUGACUUUGUGGUGUCACAAGCGGCACGUUUAGACCUCUGCACGUGAACAAAGGAAAAGUCGUGUAAUGCUUUGUAUAAAAAAUAUCUGGGGCGAGUGUUAUCUCAUCUGAAAAUCAGUAUCGUGUUAUAACAUUCAUGAGCUGAAUCACAUUCUGAUUGGUUGAUUCGGGAUUUGAGCUAAAUCACAUUCUGAUUGGUUGAUUGGGGAUUUGAGCUAAUUAUCAUCUGAAGUCAUUGGCUAGUGUUACAUUCCAGUGAUCAUAAUGGAAGCUUUUCUACAAGACUGUAAAUUCAUGAAUGGGUGUUUGUUGAAAUGAGGAGUUGCCAAACAAACCACCGUCAAGCCUGUUGCACACAGUUCACACUGCCAAACACACACACACACACACAAUAUUUUGUACAGGUCUGCACUCAUUAUGACAUAUAUUUACUGUAUUUGUGAGAUGGGGUUAUUAUUAAAUUAUUAGAGAAGAGUUUAUAAAUACCUGUAAAUAUUUAUUCGGUGCUUGCUGUGUUGUAAAUGAUUCGGGAAAUUGUUUUAGAGACUUUUUUCUAUGUUACCAAGUACUUCAUUUGUAUGUACUUUGACGGAACAAAAGGAACCAAUUUUAAAAUGUUUUGCUUUUCUUUAAAUUAAUAAUAAAGCCUUUUAAUGGGAAAGUAAA